AUGUCAUUUUGGGCGGCAUGCCUAUCCGAAGCCGCCGUGAUACUUGCCUCGCAGUAUCCGUCAUCAGCGACAGCACGCUGGAUAUUGUAUAACUUGAUGCCGACUGGCACGUUGUCCUUGGAUCGUAUCGCGAUGACGCCUACCUUCCUUGUAGGAUGGGCAUGUACGGUUGUAGGCGGCCUGGGCAGGCUUUGGUGCUACCGCACAAUGGGGCGUCAGUUCACGUUCGAGCUCAGUAUCCGGGACGACCACCAGCUGGUCACCUCUGGCCCAUACGCGUUCGUCCGACAUCCCAGCUAUACCGCAACAUUUUUUGCCCUGGCAGGGACGUUUGUUCAUUUCGGCCGGGGAUCGUGGAUGACGGAGUACGGCGUUACGAGCACCUGGUUCGGACGGAUAUGCGCAGGGAUUUGGGGAAGCAAUGCAUCUUUUCUAGCAUGCCUGCUUUUGUACAGAACUCGGACGGAGGACGAGAUGCUGCGAGCUCAGUUUGGAAGGACAUGGGAGGACUGGGCGAGCAGAGUACCUUACCGCUUACUACCGUAUGUAUACUGA